GAAAGUGAAACUUUAUUGCCGUCAUUAACCAAACUUAAAACGCAGGAACAACUGAAGCGUCGUAUUCGACAAAUACGAAACGGGUUGCAAGAGUCUGGAGCUGAUGAGAGACAGAGGAGUGGGGAAGCAAACCCUGGUCUCCAGAGGUGGGAGAUGACCUUGCUAACUGCAGUGCCACUCAAGCUGGCAUACGGUGAAAACAAAAUGAUUAAGGUGUCAGUAAACAACACAACCUCAGCUUACUAACCAGGCCUACAGGAAGCCGAGGUGUAAAGGCGUACAAUGGAGAGAAUUGAACCACGCCCUCUCAGCUGUCUGUCCAUGAAGAGUGAUCGCUCUAUGGAUCUACCAAUGAAAUUCAAAGAUGGCAACAUCCCUCCUGACAUCGGGCGUACAAUGGAGAGGAUUGAACCACGCCCUCCCAGCUGUCUGUCCAUGAAGAGUGAUCGCUCUAUGGAUCUACCAAUGAAAUUCAAAGAUGGCAACUUCACUCCUGACAUCAGGCGUACAAUGGAGAGGAUUGAACCACGCCCUCUCAGCUGUCUGUCCAUGAAGAGUGAUCGCUCUAUGGAUCUACCAAUGAAAUUCAAAGAUGGCAACAUCCCUCCUGACAUCGGGCGUAAAAUGGAGAGGAUUGAACCACGCCCUCCCAGCUGUCUGUCCAUGAAGAGUGAUCGCUCUAUGGAUCUACCAAUGAAAUUCAAAGAUGGCAACUUCACUCCUGACAUCAGUGAGCUGCCAUCCAGUCUCCUAACAGAAGAUCAGUUCAGGUGUUCUGUGUGCAGUGACCUUCUGAAGGAUCCAGUUUGUGUCCCCUGUGGACAUAGUUAUUGCAGACAGUGCAUCACUACUUACUGGGAGAAGCCAGGCAGCAUUGGAUCCUACGCCUGCCCUCAGUGCAAAAAGAGGAGCAGAACUCGUCCUGUGCUCUACGCAAACUCAGCUUUAGCUGUGCUGCUGCAGAAGCUCCAGCAGGCGGGACUCCCUGGGUGGCGCUAUGCUGAGCCGGGGGAUGUGGCCUGUGAUUGGUGUAUUGGCAGGAAGCUGAAAGCUGUCAAGUCCUGUCUGACCUGCACUGCCUCCUACUGUGAGACCCAUGUGAAGCCGCACUACAUUGUACCAGCACUGGAGAGACACAGGCUGGAGGAGGCCACUGAGAAACUGGAACACAAGCUCUGCCAGAUACACUACAGAGCCCUGGAGUUCCUCUGUAAGAUGGAGAAGACUCUCAUCUGCAGCCAGUGUCUUGUGGAGCAACACCAAGGUCAUGAUGUGGUCUUUGUCAAGUCUGAGGAUUCUGUAAAGUUGUCAUAUAAAGACUCAAGUGUAUUGACAUUCCAGAUGAAAUUUUUUUCCGGAGGACGUGAGGAACCUAAGCAAGUUUUCAUUAUAGACCUCUCUGAGAGAAAGACCUCCCUUCUAGUAGAAAUGCUGGAACUCCAAAGAGACAAGAGAGCAGUAGAGCUGGAGGGCUGGUCAGAAGAAGAGAGUGAAGUGAGGAGCUUCCUUCAGUGUCUGCCCUACAUCUCACAGCUAAGAUUUUCCGGAAAGAAUGUAUACAGCAGUAACAAAAGUCAACCAUCUGUGAAGUUUCUGCUGAAGCUCAGUGCUGAAGCAGCAGAGAGUGACACUGGAACAGGAGGGAAUGUCUCCCAGUGUCUGUCCUCUGUGUGCAGUUACAGCACUUUUCCUUAUGGUGAUGACAGACCAUCUGUACAGUGUGGAUUCCUGUUGGAUCUGUACUCAUGUGUGAAGGACUAUGAGUCCCAAACACAGAGGAGUGUCCUCCCUACUCUACUGCCCAUUUACCAGUCAGCUCCUGCAGUCUGGGUUAUAGACCUCUCUGAGAGAAAGGCCUCCCUCCUACUAGAAGUGCUGAAACUCCAGACAGACAAGAGACCAGUAGAGCUGGAGGGCUGGUCAGAAGAAGAGAGUGAAGUGAGGAGCUUCCUUCAGUGUCUGCCCUACAUCUCACAGCUAAGAUUUCCCGGAAAGAAUGUAUACAGCAGUAACAAAAGUCAACCAUCUGUGAAGUUUCUGCUGAAGCUCAGUGCUGAAGCAGCAGAGAGUGACACUGGAACAGGAGGGAGUGUCUCCCAGUGUCUGUCCUCUGUGUGCAGUUACAGCACUUUUCCUUGUGAUGAUGGCAAUCCAUAUGUACAGUGUGGAUUCCUGUUGGAUCUGUACUCACAUGUGAAGGACUAUGAGUCCCAAACACAGAGGACUGUCCUCCCUACUCUACUGCCCAUUUACCAGUCAGCUCAUGCAGUCUGGGUUAUAGACCUCUCUGAGAGAAAGGCCUCCCUCCUACUAGAAGUGCUGAAACUGCAAACACACAAGAGAGCAGUAAAGCUGGAGGGCUGGUUAGAAGAAGAGAGUGAAGUGAGGAGCUUCCUUCAGUGUCUGCCCUACAUCUCACAGCUGAGAUUCUCGGAUGAGUCUUUUGGUGUUGUGUUUGUGCUGAAGAUGUGCUCAUUGGCAGCUGACCAUGCAAAAAUGACAGGAGAGACACCCCUGGAAACCUUAUUCUCAGUGUUUAACAUCAAUACCAUCAUAAAAGGAGCUUAUGAAAAUUACAUAGAUAAUGUGAACAAGCACAAUUUGGUGUGUGGAUUCCUGUUGGAUCUGUAUUCACAUGUGAAGGACUAUGAGUCCCAAACACAGAGGAGUGUCCUCCCUACUCUACUGCCCAUUUACCAGUCAGCUCCUGCAGUCUGGGUUAUAGACCUCUCUGAGAGAAAGGCCUCCCUCCUACUAGAAGUGCUGAAACUCCAGACAGACAAGAGACCAGUAGCGCUGAAGGACUGGUCAGAAGAAGAGAGUGAAGUGAGGAGCUUCCUUCAGUGUCUGCCCUACAUCUCACAUCUGAGAUUUUAUAAAGAGCGUUUUGAUGAGGAUCCUGCUUCAUGUACUUCAUUUGUACUGAAGAUGUGCUCUUUGGCAGCUGACCAUGCAAAACAGACAGGAGAGACACCCCUUGAAUCCUUAUUCUCAGUGUUUAACAUCAAGGAAUUUGUAGAAGCACUUGAAGGCCUCAUUGAUGAGAUGAUUGGCAGGAAAUUGCAGGAAGAUUUCCUGUUGGAUCUGUACUCACAUGUGAAGGACUAUGAGUCCCAAACACAGAGGAGCGUCCUCCCUACUCUACUGCCCAUUUAUCAGUCAGCUCCUGCAGUCUGGGUUAUAGACCUCUCUGAGAGAAAGGCCUCCCUCCUACUAGAAGUGCUGAAAUUCCAGACAGACAAGAGACCAGUAGAGCUGGAGGGCUGGUCAGAAGAAGAGAGUGAAGUGAGGAGCUUCCUUCAGUGUCUGCCCUACAUCUCACAGCUGAGAUUUUCUACAGAAUGUCUUAAGGAUCCUGCUUCAUUUUUGCUGAGGAUGUGUUCAGUGGGAGCUGAUCACACAGACCAGAGAGGAGGGACACUUCUUUUGGAUCUGUACUCACAUGUGAAGGACUAUGAGUCCCAAACACAGAGGAGUGUCCUCCCUACUCUACUGCCCAUUUACCAGUCAGCUCCUGCAGUCUGGGUUAUAGACCUCUCUAAGAGAAAGGCCUCCCUCCUACUAGAAGUGCUGAAACUCCAGACAGACAGGAGCCCGGUAGAGCUGGAGGGCUGGUCAGAAGAAGAGAGUGAAGUGAGGAGCUUCCUUCAGUGUCUGCCCUACAUCUCUCAGCUGAGAUUCUCGGAUGAGUGUUUUGGUGUUGUGUUUGUGCUGAAGAUGUGCUCUUUGGCAGCUGACCAUGCAAAAAUGACAGGAGAGACACCCCUGGAAACCUUAUUCUCAGUGUUUAACAUCAAUACCAUCAUAAAAGGAGCUUAUGAAAAUCACAUAGAUAAUGUAAACAAGCACAAUUUGAUGUGUGGAUUCCUGUUGGAUCUGUACUCAUGUGUGAAGUACUAUGAGUCCCAAACACAGAGGAGUGUCCUCCCUACUCUACUGCCCAUUUACCAGUCAGCUCCUGCAGUCUGGGUUAUACACCUCUCUGUGAGAAAGGCCUCCCUCCUACUAGAAGUGCUGAAACUCCAGACAGACAAGAGACCAGUAAAGCUGGAGGGCUGGUCAGAAGAAGAGAGUGAAGUGAGGAGCUUCCUUCAGUGUCUGCCCUACAUCUCUCAGCUGAGGUUUUCCAGAAACAUUUUAUUGAACAAUAACAAACGUCAGGCAGCUGUGAAGUUUCUGCUGAAGCUCAGUGCUGAAGCAGCAGAGAGUGACACUGGAACAGGAGGGAGUGUCUCCCAGUGUCUGUCCUCUCUGUGCAGUUACAGCACUUUUCCUUAUGGUGAUGACAACAGACCAUCUGUACAAUGUGGAUUCCUGUUGGAUCUGUACUCACAUGUGAAGGACUAUGAGUCCCAAACACAGAGGAGUGUCCUCCCUACUCUACUGCCCAUUUACCAGUCAGCUCCUGCAGUCUGGGUUAUAGACCUCUCUGUGAGAAAGGCCUCCCUCCUACUAGAAGUGCUGAAACUGCAGACAGACAAGAGACCAGUAGAGCUGAAGGGCUGGUCAGAAGAAGAGAGUGAAGUGAGGAGCUUCCUUCAGUGUCUGCCCUACAUCUCACAGCUGAGAUUUGGUGAAUGGUGUAUUGAGUUUAAUUUAGCUUCAUUUCUGCUGAAGCUGAGUGUUGAAGCAGCAGAGAGUGACACUGGAACAGGAGGGAGUGUCUCCCAGUGUCUGUCCUCUCUGUGCAGUUACAGCACUUUUCCUUAUGGUGAUGACAACAGACCAUCUGUACAGUGUGGAUUCCUGUUGUAUCUGUACUCACAUGUGAAGGACUAUGAGUCCCAAACACAGAGGAGUGUCCUCCCUACUCUACUGCCCAUUUACCAGUCAGCUCCUGCAGUCUGGGUUAUAGACCUCUCUGAGAGAAAGGCCUCCCUCCUACUAGAAGUGCUGAAACUCCAGACAGACAAGAGACCAGUAGAGCUGGAGGGCUGGUCAGAAGAAGAGAGUGAAGUGAGGAGCUUCCUUCAGUGUCUGCCCUACAUCUCACAGCCGAGGUUUUCCAGAAACAUUUUAUGGAACAGUAACAAAGAUCAGGCAGCUGUGAAGUUUCUGCUGAAGCUCAGUGCUGAAGCAGCAGAGAGUGACACUGGAACAGGAGGGAGUGUCUCCCAGUGUCUGUCCUCUGUGUGCAGUUACAGCACUUUUCCUUAUGGUGAUGACAGUCCAUCUGAACAGUGUGGAUUCCUGUUGUAUCUGUACUCACAUGUGAAGGACUAUGAGUCCCAAACACAGAGGAGUGUCCUCCCUACUCUACUGCCCAUUUACCAGUCAGCUCCUGCAGUCUGGGUUAUAGACCUCUCUGUGAGAAAGGCCUCCCUCCUACUAGAAGUGCUGAAACUCCAGACAGACAAGAGUCCAGUAGAGCUGGAGGACUGGUCAGUAAGAGAGAGUGAAGUGAGGAGCUUCCUUCAGUGUCUGCCCUACAUCUCACAGCUGAGGUUUCCCAGUAACAUUUUAUGGAACAGUAAAAAACAUCAGGUAGCUGUGAAGUUUCUUCUGAAGCUCAUUGCUGAAGCAGCAGAGAGUGACACUGGAACAGGAGGGAGUGUCUCCCAGUGUCUGUCCUCUCUGUGCAGUUACAGCACUUUUCCUUAUGGCGAUGACAGUCCAUCUGAAGAGUGUGGAUUCCUGUUUGAUCUGUACUCACAUGUGAAGGACUAUGAGUCCCAAACACAGAGGAGUGUCCUCCCUACUCUACUGCCCAUUUACCAGUCAGCUCCUGCAGUCUGGGUUAUAGACCUCUCUGUGAGAAAGGCCUCCCUCAUACUAGAAGUGCUGAAACUCCAAACAGACAAGAGAGCAGUAGAGCUGAAGGGCUGGUCAGAAGAAGAGAGUGAAGUGAGGAGCUUCCUUCAGUGUCUGCCCUACAUCUCACAGCUGAGAUUUUAUGAGGAGCAUUUUGAUGAAGAUCCUGCUUCAUGUAGUUCAUUUGUACUGAAGAUGUGCUCUUUGGCAGCUGACCAUGCAAAACAGACAGGAGAGACACCCCUUGAAUCCUUAUUCUCAGUGUUUAACAUCAAGGGAUUUGUAGAAGCACUUGAAGGCCUCAUUGAUGAGAUGAUUGGCAGGAAAUUGCAGGAAUAUUUCCUGUUGGAUCUGUACUCACAUGUGAAGGACUAUGAGUCCCAAACACAGAGGAGUGUCCUCCCUACUCUACUGCCCAUUUACCAGUCAGCUCCUGCAGUCUUGGUUAUAGACCUCUCUGUGAGAAAGGCCUCCCUCCUACUAGAAAUGCUGAAACUCCAAACAGACAAGAGACCAGUAGAGCUGGAGGACUGGUCAGAAGAAGAGAGUGAAGUGAGGAGCUUCCUUCAGUGUCUGCCCUACAUCUCACAGCUGAGGUUUUCCAGUAACAUUGUACGGAACAGUAACAAACAUCAGGCAGCUGUGAAGUUUCUGCUGAAGCUCAGUGUUAAAUCAGCAGAGAGUGACACUGGAACAGGAGGGAGUGUCUCCCAGUGUCUGUCCUCUCUGUGCAAUUACAGCACUUUUCCUUAUGGUGAUGACAGACCAUCUGAACAGUGUGGAUUCCUGUUGGAUCUGUACUCACAUGUGAAGGACUAUGAGUCCCAAACACAGAGGAGUGUCCUCCCUACUCUACUGCCCAUUUACCAGUCAGCUCCUGCAGUCUGGGUUAUAGACCUCUCUGUGAGAAAGGCCUCCCUCCUACUAGAAGUGCUGAAACUCCAGAGAGACAGAAGAGCAGUAGAGCUCGAGGGCUGGUCAGAAGAAGAGAGUGAAGUGAGGAGCUUCCUUCAGUGUCUGCCCUACAUCUCACAGCUGAGGUUUUCCAGUAACAUUGUACGGAACAGUAACAAACAUCAGGCAGCUGUGAAGUUUCUGCUGAAGCUCAGUGUUAAAUCAGCAGAGAGUGACACUGGAACAGGAGGGAGUGUCUCCCAGUGUCUGUCCUCUCUGUGCAAUUACAGCACUUUUCCUUAUGGUGAUGACAGACCAUCUGAACAGUGUGGAUUCCUGUUGGAUCUGUACUCACAUGUGAAGGACUAUGAGUCCCAAACACAGAGGAGUGUCCUCCCUACUCUACUGCCCAUUUACCAGUCAGCUCCUGCAGUCUGGGUUAUAGACCUCUCUGUGAGAAAGGCCUCCCUCCUACUAGAAGUGCUGAAACUCCAGAGAGACAGAAGAGCAGUAGAGCUCGAGGGCUGGUCAGAAGAAGAGAGUGAAGUGAGGAGCUUCCUUCAGUGUCUGCCCUACAUCUCACAGCUGAGGCCUGUUGGGAAUACUUUGGAGAAGCAGAUUCUCCUGGUGUAUAAAGUUCAGGACAAGCAGCUGACUCAGUCCUUACUAGAGACGGUUGGUGGAGACCUGAGUACCUGCUCGCUGGACUGGGAGGUGCUUCAGUAUCUACUGCAGAACUCCAACUGUCAUGUCACCAUGGACCUCAGGAAGAGCAGAGCUCUGGAGGAUAAGACCAGGGAUCUUCUUCCUUUCCUGGACAGAGUUGAGCUAAAGAGGCCCAGUCCUAGGUUCACAAUGUCUGCUCUCAGAGAAGCAUUUGAAGUCCACUCUGUGCAUUCGGUGUCCAGCCUAGUGAAAGCUGUAGGCGGCUGGAUCAACCUGAACAGCAGAGAUAUGGACAACAAGGACUGUGCUGCUCUGCAGUUCACCCUCCGUAACUGUGAGAGCGUCAAACUCAGUCUGCUGUGGUCCUCCCUGCCUGAGGGGGCACUAGAGAGCAUAGUGUCUCUACUGCACCGUGUCUCCAAGCUCAGUGUGGACAGGAAUCUGAUGCUGAGGUUCCUUCAUUUCUGCACAACUGCUGAAGACCAGCAGGGGGCAACAACAGCACUGCUCCAGGCACUGCAGCACAAGCUGGACUUCUCCAGCUCCUCUCUUGUGGAUCUGUCAGGACAAGAGGGAGGAAAUGACAUGUGUCUCAGUGCCGGAGACUGUAGAGUUCUCUUCUCUGUAGUCCAGCUGGCCCAGGUUACCACAGAGCUGGUUUUGCAGGACUGUGAAGCUUCAGACGCUGCUCUGGAACAUCUUUUCCCUGUUUUACAUAAAGUCUGUUUGAGGCCCAGCAAACCCCUCCUCCUACAGCUGCUGCGUCUUACUGGAGGGCUGCAUGAAGCUGAGGCAGCGAGACGAGCCAAGUCCCUCUGCUCAGCCCUGGGUGAGGAACUGGACCUGAGGCACACGCCUGUGGACCUGGAGGCCUGUAGGGCACUGGCCCUUGUACUGGAACAGUCAGAGGGUCUGCCAGAACUGGACCUGAGCCACUGUCACCUGACUGACGCCUGCUUGGAGCUGCUGCUCCCUCAUCUGCACAAAGUACAAGUCCUAGAUCUAAGUCACAAUGACAUCACUGACCAUGGAGCACAAGGUCUUCAGCAGGUCGUCUGCAGUAACAGCUCUGUGCAGACAGUACGACUCUUCAGUAAUAAAAUUACAGACAGAAGAUCCUUCAAAACAGACAAUCGCUUUGAAAUCUGGUGAUGAGGCAGAAUUACAGAGAAAGGGACCCCUGACUGAUCUGUGUUGAAAAGAUGAAAAGAAUCUGGAACUUAAGCAGUCUGACUUUUUUCAAAUAAGGAACUUUUUUCUGUUUUGAAAUAUUUGCUCCUUUUCUGUAUGAUUAUGUGAUUGUCUUUGGGUCUUUGGCUUCAUGUCAGGAAAUGGCGUAUCGCAUACGAUGAUUGGAGAACCACUAUUAUUAUAUAGGGACAGAACUUUCAGGCAGGUUAUUGUAAUUCCUACAUGUAUGUUUGACAGGUGGUAACAGUG